AUUGACGCCGAAUCUUGGUGGUUAGAGUGCAUGGUUUCAUGUGAGAGAGCUGAUAUAGAGAUUGAUUAUGGUCCGUGCGUCCGGGACCAGAAAACGCCAAAUCCCAAAUUCAACCGGAACAACGCGCAAGUGCAAACUAGGAGAGUAUGAGCUUCCCCCUACGUCUCGGGAGAUUCUCCCUGUUUCGGCCCAUUGUAAACUGCACACGUCCCAUUCCCAACCUUUCACUCCGAAUGGCAUCGAGCACUCCUGCACCGCGCUUUGCGGAGGGUGAAGACCCACACCAAUUGAGUUCCGACACUACCACACUGCAGCAACAGGGCUGGGCACUAGAUGCUGAGGGGAUGGGAGUCACCAAGACGUUCCACUUUAAGAGCUAUUUCAAAGCUGUGUCGUUUCUGAAUAUGAUUGCGGCCGAAAGCUCGGUCAAGAAGCACCACCCCACUAUGACUAUUCGGUUCGGCUCCGUUGAUGUCCAUUGGACCACACAUCACCCGCGCGGCCUCACCCACAAAGAUAUUGCUUUGGCUCGACACUGUGAUGCUGGAGCUGGAUUGAUAGGAGCCGUUGAACCUGGGCAGGGAUUGAAGUGCGGACCAGAGACAAAGUGAACGGUCAGAGUUUAAGAUUAAAAUGUAAUUAGGGAAGGCUUAGUGGAGCGAACGUUUGUGCUCCACUUGACGCGUGGGAUUCGAGAUGAUGUGGUUCCAUGUAAGCGAGAUGGAGUCGAUCUGAUAUUAUGAUGUAGUAAUUGCGGG